GCCGCUCGGAGCUGCGCGAACAUGGCCGAAGUCGGCGAGGACAGCGGCGCCCGCGCCCUGCUGGCGCUGCGCUCGGCUCCCUGCAGCCCCGUGCUAUGCGCCGCGGCCGCGGCCGCCGCCUUCCCGGCCACCACGUCCCCGCCGCCGCCGCCGGCACAACCUCCACCAGGGCCGCCCGCGCUGCCCGCCGUGCCCGGCCCCGGGCCGGUGCCCUCCACCACCGCCACUGCCACCACCACCGCGCCCGCUCUGGUGGCCGCGGCCGCUGCCUCUGUGCGCCAGAGCCCCGGGCCGGCCCUGGCGCGCCUGGAGGGUCGGGAGUUCGAGUUCCUGAUGCGACAGCCCAGCGUCACCAUCGGCCGCAACUCGUCGCAGGGCUCGGUGGACCUGAGCAUGGGCCUGUCGAGCUUCAUUUCCCGGCGCCACCUGCAGCUCAGCUUCCAGGAGCCUCACUUCUAUCUUCGCUGCCUCGGCAAGAACGGCGUCUUCGUGGACGGGGCCUUCCAGAGGCGCGGAGCGCCCGCCCUGCAGCUACCCCAACAAUGCACCUUCCGGUUCCCGAGCACAGCCAUCAAGAUCCAGUUCACGUCCCUGUACCAUAAAGAGGAGGCCCCAGCAUCGCCCCUGCGGCCACUCUACCCACAGAUCUCCCCACUGAAGAUCCACAUUCCGGAGCCGGAUCUCCGGAGCCUCGUCAGCCCCAUCCCUUCCCCGACCGGCACCAUCAGUGUCCCCAAUUCCUGUCCAGCGAGUCCUCGAGGAGCUGGGUCGUCUAGUUACCGCUUCGUCCAGAAUGUGACCUCUGACCUUCAGCUGGCCGCAGAGUUCGCUGCGAAGGCAGCCUCUGAGCAGCAAGCAGACACGUCUGGUGGGGACAGCCCUAAGGACGAGUCGAAGCCACCGUACUCCUAUGCGCAGCUGAUCGUGCAAGCCAUCUCCUCGGCCCAGGACAGGCAGCUAACACUAAGUGGCAUCUAUGCCCACAUCACCAAACAUUACCCUUACUACAGGACUGCUGACAAGGGCUGGCAGAACUCUAUCCGACACAACCUCUCUCUUAACCGCUACUUCAUCAAAGUCCCUCGGUCACAGGAGGAGCCUGGGAAGGGCUCUUUUUGGCGAAUAGACCCUGCCUCCGAAGCCAAGCUCGUGGAGCAAGCAUUCCGAAAGCGGAGGCAGAGAGGUGUUUCCUGUUUCCGCACCCCCUUCGGGCCUCUGUCCUCACGGAGUGCUCCAGCUUCACCCACCCACCCUGGACUGAUGUCCCCUCGUUCCAGUGGCCUGCAGACCCCAGAGUGCCUGUCUCGGGAGGGCUCCCCCAUUCCACAUGAUCCCGACUUGGGGUCAAAGUUAGCCUCUGUUCCAGAGUAUCGCUAUUCUCAGAGCGCCCCAGGCUCCCCUGUCAGCGCCCAGCCCGUGAUCAUGGCUGUCCCUCCCCGACCUUCCAACUUAGUGGCUAAGCCUGUCGCCUACAUGCCAGCUUCCAUAGUGACCUCACAACAGCCCUCAGGACACGCCAUCCAUGUGGUCCAGCAAGCCCCCACUGUCACCAUGGUGAGGGUGGUCACCACUUCCGCCAACUCAGCCAAUGGGUACAUCCUGGCUAGCCAGAGCUCAACCGGGACCUCCCACGACACAGCAGGCACAGCCGUGUUGGACCUGGGCAACGAGGCUCGAGGUUUGGAAGAAAAGCCCACCAUAGCAUUUGCCACAAUCCCUGCAGCCAGCCGGGUUAUCCAGACGGUCGCCAGCCAGAUGGCCCCAGGAGUCCCUGGACACACAGUCACCAUUCUACAGCCGGCUGCACCGGUGACUCUUGGACAGCACCACCUUCCAGUCCGGGCUGUCACUCAGAAUGGAAAGCAUGCUGUCCCCACGAACAGCUUGACUGGCAAUGCUUAUGCCCUCACCAGCCCCCUGCAGCUCCUGGCAGCCCAGGCGAGUUCAUCCACGCCAGUGGUCAUCACCCGGGUGUGCGAGGUAGGGCCUGAGGAGCCAACAGCAGCCGUCUCAGUGGCAGCUAAUGCCGCACCAACCCCAGCCAUCUCCACUACCACAUCUGCCUCUUCCAGCGGGGAGCCUGAGGUCAAGAGGUCCCGGGUAGAGGAGCCCAGUGGGACAGGCACCACACAGCCCACAGCUAUGGCUGCCAACGCCCCUCAGGGCCCAGGGACCGGUGAGUGAAGUGUCACCUGCAAGAAGGUGGAGUGAAUCUCACGCCACAGGAGCCCUAGUGGCCAGCAGCUGCAUUCAAGGACCGAAUGGAAAAGCUCUUGUGCGGGUGGCCGCCAUGCUCGGACAGUUUCCUUUUUAUCUCCUGUCCUCCCUUGGUUUGAACCAAACAAACACAUAAACACGUUCAGACAACUUGAUUGUAUGAA